AUAGAUCAUCAACAUUUGCACUUGCGCUUUUUUCCUAUUUGCUAUCACUUCUUUGACAAGUAACAACCCAACUCGUUUCUGAUUCUUGCUCCCUCUAUCCUCAGUCCAAGGCAAGUGCAUGUCACAGGGUACAAGGUUGGGGGUGUACAGUGAGUGAACAUUCGUUUUCUUGCACGAGGGCGCCAAAAGGCCAUUCUUUUAUGGCUCUUUGAUCGAAUCCGAAUCAUGGGUUGGUAUCAUUUCUCGUUUUGGUGCUGAAUUGUGGACGGAAAAGGUGAAAAAUGCGGCGACGGGCUGCCGAGUUUCGGCGCCCGGUGCGGCGGAGGUUCUCUCAUUGGAUCUGGUUGCUUCUUGGCGCGUUCUUUGUUGUGGGUUUUGUUUUGUUCAUUGUGCAACACAAUCACCAUGAAGAUCGGGUCCAAGAUCCCCUUCUGGAGAGAAAUGCAAAAGUUGAACAUUUUGCUAAGGAGAGUUUGAAUUUUACCGAAGAAAUUUUAAGUGCAACAUCCUUUUCACGCCAAUUAGCAGAGCAAAUGGUUCUGGCCAAGGCUUAUGUGGUUAUUGCCAAAGAGCACAAUAAUCUUCACCUAGCCUGGGAGCUUAGCUCAAAGAUUAGAAGUUGCCAGCUUUUGCUUUCAAAAGCUGCCAUGACUGGGGAGCCUGUCACCCUUGAGGAAGCCAAGCCAAUUAUUAAAAGUCUAUCUUCUCUAAUUUUCAAAGCACAAGAUGUCCAUUAUGACAUUGCAACCACUAUAGUGACAAUGAAAUCCCAUAUUCAAGCUCUCGAAGAGCGAGCCAAUGCUGCGACAGUUCAAAGCACUGUGUUUGCUCAAAUAUCAGCUGAAGCACUGCCCAAGAGUCUUCAUUGCCUAAAUGUGAAACUUAUGGCUGAUUGGCUAAAGACGCGAUCCCUGCAAGAACUCUCAGAUGAGAGGAGGAACUCUCCCCAGCGCAUGGACAACAAUCUAUUUCAUUUCUGCAUUUUUUCAGAUAAUGUACUGGCAACAUCUGUAGUUGUUAACUCUACAGUCUUCAAUGCUGACCAUCCGAAACAGUUGGUUUUUCACAUUGUCACUGAUGGUGUUAAUUAUGGAGCAAUGCAAGCAUGGUUCCUCAGUAAUGACUAUAAAGGGGCCACCAUAGAGGUGCAGAAUAUUGAGGAGUUUCAUUGGUUGAAUGAUUCUUAUUCUCCAAUUGUCAAACAGCUACGCAAUCCCCAAUCACGAGCCUUCUAUUUUGGAUCUUAUCAAGAUAUAAAUGUUGAACCUAAAAUGCGGAACCCCAAGUUCGUCUCUCUACUGAAUCAUCUCCGGUUUUACAUCCCUGAGAUUUAUCCACAACUUGAGAAGGUUGUUUUCCUUGACGACGAUGUUGUUGUCCAGAAGGACCUGACCCCACUUUUCUCACUGGAUUUGCAUGGAAAUGUGAAUGGUGCAGUUGAAACUUGUCUUGAAGCGUUUCAUCGUUACUACAAGUAUCUCAAUUUCUCAAAUUCAAUAGUAAGCUCAAAGUUUGAUCCACAGGCAUGUGGAUGGGCAUUUGGUAUGAAUAUUUUUGACUUGGUUGCAUGGAGGAAAGAAAAUGUGACUGCAAGAUAUCACUAUUGGCAAGAGCAGAAUGCUGAUGGAACACUCUGGAAGCUUGGUACAAUUCCUCCUGCUCUUCUAAGUUUUUAUGGUUUGACAGAACCACUUGAUAGAAGAUGGCAUGUCUUAGGAUUGGGUUACGACCUAAAUAUUGAUAACCGCCUCAUAGAAAGUGCCGCGGUUAUUCACUUCAAUGGGAACAUGAAGCCAUGGCUUAAGUUAGCUAUAGGCAGGUAUAAGCCACUUUGGCACAAGUACAUAAAUCAAAGUCACCCUCAUCUUCAAGAUUGUGCCAUAGGUUAA